AUGGGUGAAACAAUCACCGAUUCGCAGGGUUAUUUUGAACUGAGUGGCCACAAUGCUGAAAUGACACCAAUUGAUCCUAAAAUAAAUAUCUAUCACGACUGCAACGACGGCUGGUGGCCGUGCCAAAGGAAAAUUAGUAUAAUGAUUCCGGAUGAAUUCAUCGCGAUUGGAACUGUUCCGCAGAGACUCUACGAUGUUGGUACCAUCGAGCUAGCUGGUGAAUACAGCGGUGAAACACGCGACUGCUUUCACUGA